AUGUGUCCCUCCCUCCAUGCCUCUCUCCCGCACUUCACCUCUCCCAGGCUUCUACUUCCACCUCCAGAGCCUUUACUCAAACGUAGCGCCUGGAGAGAACCCUUGUUCUACCUGCUGCCGACCUGUCAUUCUGCCGCGAUCCUUAGCGCAAGUUUUCGCUGCAACCCGAUUCAAAACGCUGCUGUCGCAUGCUUUGCCAAAGAUUCAGCUCAGCUCAGCUUGGCUGUGUAUGUGUGUGUGUGUGUGCACAGCAUUCAUCGGAGCCGGUGCUGCGGUAAACAAAAAUAG